AUGGCAGUGUAUAAAGAUACAAAGCAAGAAAAGAAAAAAUGGCAAAUCUCACAACUAGGUGUAAAUAAUGCAUUUCUUCAUGGAGAUUUGCAUAAGGAGGUGUAUAUGCAGGCUCCUCCGGGCCUUGAAGUGCACUCUCCGGGGUUAGUGUGCAAGCUGUCCCUUUAUGGACUGAAAUUGGCAAUGUAUGUAGACGAUGUGUUGCUCACAGGGACUGACUCUGAAGAAAUUAACCAGCUUAAGGCCUUCCUACAUGACAAGUUCAAAAUCAAAGAUUUAGGGCAAUUACAUUACAUCCUAGGACUAGAAAUCCUUUACAAGCUAGAUGGCAUUAUCAUUUCACAAAGAAAGUUUGUUUUGGACUUGUUGAAGGAAUAUGAGUGUCUUCACUCUCCAGCUUUGACUUCUCCCCUUGAAUCUACAGUAAUAUUAAAAGCAAAAAAGGGAACCUCAUUAUCUGAUCCUACUUACAGCAAACUGAUUGGAAAAUUAAAAUUUCUAACUAACACUAGAUUAGGCAUAGAAAAUGGAGUUCAACAUCUCAGCCAGUUUAUGCAAGAUCUUAGGGAUGCCCACUUACCGGCAGCCUAUCACAUGCUAAGGUACUUGAAAAAGGAUCCCACUCUGGGCCUAUAUUUCAGUAAUGAGGAUGAUCUUUCACUAGUUGCCUAUUGUGACUCUGAUUGGGCAGCCUACCUUGAUUCUAAAAGAUCAGUGUCUGGUUAUAUUGUGUUCCUAGGGGGAAGCCCCAUCAGUUGGAAAUCCAAGAAGCAAGAAACCAUAUCCCCUUCCUCAGCAGAGGCAGAAUACAGAGCUCUUAGAAAAGUUGUUGGUGAAAUUGUUUAG